AUGUACUGUGGGGAAUUUUUACUUGUAUGCACUGUGGUGAGGAAUUUUACUUGCAUGCACUGUGGGGGGAUUUUACUUGUAUGCACUGUGGGGAAUAUUUACUUAUAUGCACUGUGGGAAAUAUUUACUUGUAUGUACUGCCCUUUGGGGAAUUUUCACUUGUAUGCACUCUCUGGAAUUUUUACUUGUAUGUACUGUUGGGAAUUUUUACUUGUAUGCACUCUCUGGAAUUUUUACUUGUAUGUACUGUUGGGAAUUUUUACUUGUAUUCACUGUGGAAAAUUUUUACUUGUAAGCACUGUGGGGAUUCUUUACUUGUAUGCACUGUGGGGAAUAUUUACUUGUAUGUACUGUCUGGAAUUUUUACUUAUAUGCACCGUGGGGAAUUUUCACUCGUAUUUACUGUGGGGAAUUUUUAAUUGUAUGCACUGUGGGGAUUCUUUACUUGUAUGUACUGAGGAGAAUUUUUACUUGUAUGUACUGUGGGGAAUUUUGGAGAAUUUUUACUUGUAUGCACUGUGGGGAUUCUUUACUUGUAUGCAUUGUGGGGGGAUUUGUACUUGUAUGCACUGUGGGGAAUGUUUACUUGUAUGUACUGUGGGGAAUUUUUACUUGUAUGCACUGUGGGGAAUGUUUACUUGUAUGUACUGUGGGGGGAUUUUUACACUGUGA